GAUUAAAACACAUAACAUUCAAAAACACAAACACUGUACUUUCUUUCCCUUUGCCCUUUCUUCCCCAUCACCUCUUUUCUGCAACAAUGGCUUCAUCGGAAGCCCUAGAUAACACCACCAUUCCCCAACCCUACAAGCUCAAACAAACCCUAACCGGCCACAAACGCUCCAUCUCCAGCGUCAAAUUCUCCGACGACGGCCUCCUCCUCGCCACCUCCUCCGCCGACAAAACCGCCCGCACCUGGUCCACCUCCGACGGCUCCUUCCUCCAAGAAUUCUCCGGCCACGACCAAGGCAUAUCCGACCUCGCCUUCUCCUCCGACGCCCGCUACCUCGCCACCGCCUCCGACGACAAAACCGUCCGCAUCUGGGACGUUUCCACCGGUGUAACCGUCAAAACCCUAACCGGACACACUAACUAUGUGUUUUGUGUCAAUUAUAACCCUCAGUCUAACAUGAUUGUUUCUGGAUCGUUCGAUGAGACGGUUAGGGUUUGGGAUGUGAAAAGUGGCAAGUGUUUGAAGGUGCUUCCGGCCCAUUCGGAUCCUGUUACAGCGGUUAAUUUUAACCGUGAUGGGACGUUGAUUGUGUCCAGUAGUUAUGAUGGGUUGUGUAGGAUUUGGGAUGCUUCUACUGGGCAUUGUAUGAAGACUUUGAUUGAUGAUGAGAAUCCUCCUGUUAGUUUUGUUAAGUUUUCGCCCAAUGGCAAGUUCAUUCUUGUUGGGACUCUUGAUAGCACACUGAGAUUAUGGAACUUUUCAACUGGCAAGUUUUUGAAGACUUACACAGGCCACAGCAACUCAAAAUACUGCAUUUCAUCAGCGUUUUCAAUCACCAAUGGCAAAUACAUUGUGAGUGGUUCAGAGGACAAUUGUGUAUACUUGUGGGAACUCCAAACACGAAAAAUAGUUCAGAAACUCGAAGGUCACACCGAUGCAGUCAUAGCUGUUGCAUGUCACCCAACCGAGAAUAUGAUUGCUUCAGGGGCCCUUGAAAAUGACAAAACAGUAAAAAUCUGGACUCAGGAGGUCCAGAAACCAGAAGAUCGAACCGAUGAAAUGGCAAAACAGUAAAUCUCUGGACCCAAGAUUAAUUUCUAGAAAAUCUUUGUUAAGUUAUUAAUGGGUAAGACAUUUUUAUGGUUUAUAUUUGAGUUCAGGUUUUGGUUUACUAUUUGCCAAAGAACAGUGACAUUUGGUGAGUGUGGCUCCCUUUAGGUGUAGUUUUUAACAUGCAGAUUCUAUUGUUUAAUUGGCUUCUAGAAAAGUAGAAAUCAUGUUUGAUUCCUUUCAAAAAAAAGAAAUCAUGUUUGAAAGGGUCAAACUUAUGUGGGCUAAUAAUUUAUGAUUGACUAGUUGUAGAAGUUUGUGCAUUUUUC